CCACAAAUCUACUUCUGCUGCUGCGCCCGUUCCCCGACUCCGACUCCAUAAUCUUCCUGUCUUGCAAUAACCUUUCGUUUUGAUCCUUUUUGAUCCUCUUUGAUCCUACCAUCAUCAUUGCUUGCUGUCACGAACAUCUGGUAGCAUACCAUGGACAAGGAAAUCAGAACUGUUGGUAAACUCUUGGGUUGUGGGGGACACGCCCAGGUUCACGAGGCGAAAGAUGCAGAUGGGCGCAUUUUGGCGUUAAAACUCGUAUUUACACACCCUCCCCUGUUGGCAUUGUGCCAUGUGCUAAUUGCAUACUGUUCUAGUACCGCGAUAAGAAUUAUUUCACACGAGAAUAUGACGCUUAUAAGCAUCUUCGUCGAAGCGACACUUUUCCACAUACUAAGCUGCCUCAAUACUUCGGCCACUUCGAACUCAGCCAGUCUCUGAUAUCAACCUUUUAUUUCUAUCCGGAUGACUAUGAAGUACACAAGCGUAUUAGCCCACCCGACCCUUACAAACGAGCGCUUGGAAUUGAGAUAUUCAAUGGUGUUGGUUUUGAUACUAUCUCUAAAGAUGACCUAGAGGAUGAAUGGUUGGCCAAGUUUGAAUCGGACCUGACUCAAACCGUACGAGCAUUCCAUGAUGCUGGCGUAUGCCAUGGGGAUAUUAAAGCCGAUAACAUAUUGGUGGAUCCUAGAAUACUAAAGGGCAGCAAACAAGUCGAAAGGGAAUACAUAGUCAUCGACCUAAGUGCAGCUGUUUUGAAGCAUAAGGUUUCGGAGAAUAUUUGGAAGAAGUUGCAAAAGCGUGACUUGAGUUGCACCCGAGUGAUAUUUGAAACGAUCAAGGCACAAAAGGUACUAUUGGACGCAAUUUUCUCUGUUAUUACCUUUACAUCAAGCUGACUUCAAACCCUUCAGGCUCUCACUUCGGGACUUGAACUGAUUAGCAAAAUUUCACUUUCCAAGUCGAAUGAGGAUAUGACCAAACAGCCCAUAGACACGGAGACACAAUCGGAACUCGUUGAUUUAUUCAAAGCUGCAAACUAUGCGCGGAAAGCUUCGUUUUUCAUCGACGGCAUGUAUCAGAAGUUGGUUGACGCAAUUGUCCAGAAAACUGAUCUUUUGACGCCGGAAUUAUGUUUUAUUGUCGUCGAAUGCCUUGUGCGUCGUGGCCGGGGGAGGCAGGCGCUUUCUCUAGUCAACAAAACUUUAUCUCAACCUCUGCAAACACCAUGUCCUGAACUUAACCGCCACAAGGCCCUUUUAAUGACAAAGACCUCAGUUGACUCUACUAUUACAGCACAGGCCUUUGAAUUAGCUAUUGCCGAAUACACUGAGAAAUAUGGACCGCAUCGUUUACUGACUCUCGAGGCUCAAAUGGAAUUCGCCAAUUUCCUUGCGAAAAUUCAGAGCCACAGCAAAGCCAAAGAAAUAAUCGAAGAUAUCCUUUUAAUACUGAAAAGCCCGGACAUUCAAAGAAGCGAGCGAGUCAUUCGGCUCGAACGUGAUUGUUCAAUACGCAUUCGGCAUAUAGACAAUGAGCUGGCCAAGAGUCAGCAACCUAUUCAGCAACCUCCGAUGAAUUCUUUGAAGAGAAAACUGUCUACUUCUGAUACAGACUUUGGUGAAGCUCACCGGUCACCAGAGCGGUUGUGACCUCGUCAAAAGUAACAUUUUUCCACCUUAUCUCAAUGCUCGGCUUUUUCUUUCGCGGAAUGGAAUUCAUAUAAUAUUCACGAGCCACUAAUUUUAAUUUUAAUAGAAUGAGAAAUCUGCUAUUUACAAGGCUGUCUGGCAGGCAUCCAAUGGCGCCAUACUAGAUAUUUAAUAUGUGAAACUUGAUCUUGUUUGCGUU